AUGCUGCAUAAGGGCGAGACGCAUGCAAUGCUACAACUUUUAAGAAGUGGAAGAAAUGGCACGUUUAACAUUUUUUCAAAUGUUUACGAAAGAGGUGGAAACAAAAUAUUCCUAAGGACAUACAUAACGGCUACCCGUCACAUGGAUGACAGCUGCAUUGUUAAGCGCAAUGGAUUAUUUGCCCCCAUCAUAAAUCCCAGCAAGAAGGACAUCCACAUUUUCAAAACGAAUUUGAGAAAAUGCUUUUCAACAACGAAUGGAAAUGCUAAUGGCUUAUCGGAGCAAUAUGCAAAAAAUGAUGUGUCAAUUCUACAAAACUCCAAUGUGAUCAUCCUCUUUAAUAAAAAUGAAAAAGAAACAGUAGGGCAGAAGCUAUAUAGGUAUUUAGACAUAACCGGAUUUUUGACAAGGUAUAAUAGUAGGAAGGAAUGGAUCCUCGAUUUAGAGCCCUAUUCUAGAUUAACCACAGUCAUGCUAACUGAAUAUGAAAGGAAAUUGAUGAUAUUUUUAAAGUUUCAUGUUUAUUUCUUGUUCGUAACUUGCGUAUACUUGUGGUACCAUGCACAGGUCCAUUUUACAAUGAAGCCUCCGUGUCCCAAGCCUUAUGCAUAUGGACAUUUGGAUGGAAGAAAAAGAGACUUUACUUGGCAUGGGAAGCUAUUUUUUAUUUAUCCCAAGAUGAGGUGUAAGGAAUGUCGUUGGCUCGAUGUUCAAUGUAAGAAAGAAUGCUUUGAAAAAUUGAAACAGGAGGGGCAUAAGUUUUUUAUAAACAAUGGGGACCCCCUUUCCGUACCGAAGACUGUUUUGUAUCCAUCUCAUUUUCACUAAAUUGUUGAAUAGACGUUUUCUCCGUGACUUUUCGUGCAAGUCCCAGUUUGCUAGCGCGAGUGGGUUCGCCUAUGAAAGGAUAGGUGCCUCCUUAUGCUUGGCGGCGCACGGUUGACCAAGCGAACUGCGUGAAGGUAUGCUGCUUUCCCAGCUGCCAGUUUAUGUAAAUAGGUACGUGCACAUGUGUAUGUUAUGUAAACCAAAAUACACGCGCUUCUCAACCCAUGUGCAUACGCCGAUUUAUUCAAAGCGCGUGUAUUUUGGUCGCCUCUGCAUUGUCGGCCCACGCUGUUUACCAUAACCUGCAAUCUCACACGUUUAUAUUUAAUUAGAUCAAUUCGCUGCAAAAUUAUUUGACGCAUGGAAUGGGUUCCCCAUUUAGUGGUGGGCCAUCUGGUGUGGUGACCCCUCCGUUUCGAUUUUUUUUAAAAAAAGAGGCUCCUCUAAGGUAAAAUAUGUUAGACUUUU